CAAUUGUCAUUUAAUUUCUAAAUGUAUCACGACGAGGACGUGUUUCCGUCGUCGUCGUAAGUUUAAUUUUUCAAGUUUUGAGCGUUUAAUUCAUAAAAAAUAUGGCGAUAUAGAAGACAUUUACCUUGAGAGAACGUCGAUUCAUACAGUUUUUACCAAAUAUCGACGAUAUAUUUCAAGAUGGAAACGGAUAAACAUGUCGCACCUAACGGCGACAUUUUCGUGCACCGUUUGAAAGAUUUGACUGAUGAAGAAAAGGAACGCCUUGAAUUGCAAAACUCGCGCAUGAUUCCUGAAGCAAAAGCUGCCAAACUGGAGAGAGAGGCAAAAAGGCACUGGGAUAUCUUUUACAAGAGAAAUGAAACAAAAUUCUUUCGGGACCGGCAUUGGACAACACGUGAGUUCCAAGAGUUGAUUAAUUUCGAUCCUGAACAAAGGAUAGUAUUCCUUGAACUCGGCUGUGGCGUCGGCAACAUGGUGUUUCCGCUGAUAGAAGAAGGGUUUUCUAAUUUCUUUUUCUACGCAUGCGAUUUUUCACCGCGUGCUGUUGAGUUUGUCAAGUCAAACAAAUUAUACGAUGAUUCAAAGAUUAAGGCGUUUGUCGCAGAUUUAACUACGGAUGACUUGUUUGAGAGCAUUAAUGAAAAUACUGCAGAUAUAGCCAGUUUAAUUUUUGUUCUUUCGGCCAUAAAUCCGACCAUGUGGUCCCAAGUUGCUAAAGUAGCGUUUAGAGCAUUGAAACCGGGGGGUGUGCUGCUAUUUAGAGAUUACGGUAGAUACGACAUGGCCCAGCUUAGAUUCAAACCUGGUCAUAAAAUAGCUGACAACUAUUACAUGCGGCAAGAUGGAACGAGAACUUAUUACUACACAGAAGAAGAACUAGCAGAUCUUUUCACAAAGGCUGGGUUCGAGAUACUGUCCAACACUUAUGUGCAACGCCGCACUGUUAACUUUAAAGAAGGUGUGGAUGUCCCCCGUAUAUUUGUCCAGGGGAAAUACAAAAAACCACAUGGCACAGGUACAGAAUGAACGCUGACAUGGAAAUGCUGUUUGAUUUUGACAUGAUGAUCUUCACAUUUAUGUGGAUACAAGAUAUUGAAGCGCAGCUGCCAAGAAUGCAAUGGACUUUGAAAAAUUGUUCGCUUCUAUUUAUUGUACUGAAUGAACUCUGACAUGGAAAUGCUGUUUGAUAUUGACAUGAUAAUCUUCACAUUUAUGUGGAUACAAGAUAUGUAAGCAUAGCUGCCAAGAAUGCAAUGGACUUUGAAAAAUUGUUCGCUUCUAUUUAUUUUGCUGUUCAUUGACACUAGUUGAAAAUGCACGGCGAGGCACAUGUAACAGAUAUGUUGACAACACUUCAAAGAUGAUAAUGGAAUAUGAGAAAGGAGAGAUACGCUGAAUGACACAGCCAGAUAAAUCAAAUAUGGAUUCUCACAGGCUACAGUUUUAGAAGAUAAUGUCCAGGCUUAAGAUGAGAAUGCAAAUGACAAUAUGUGAUGUACCUACUUUUGAGAUGUAAAGAACUGAUUAUUACUAUAGACUCAUCCUACUCGAGCAGCAGACAUAAAAACAUUAUGUAUUCAUAUAAAUCUAAGAUUUUCUGCUGACCAUGGUGCAGUUUUUGAAGAAUGUAUUAAAAUUAAAAUGCCUGCCUGUAAAAUUUAAUUGAACAAUAAAUGGUUUAUAAU